GCCAUGGUGUCGGGGAGGCAGGGGACCACGCGGAGGGCAGCAAAGCGGCUCUGGCGCUCCUCGGUCCUUCCUCGCCGCCGACGUCGGCUCGAAGCCCCUUCUUUUCCUUUCCCUUCCCCGUCGCGCCACGCCGCGCCCGGAGACCCCGCCCAGCGCCGCGCGGCUCGCCUGCUCCCGGCGCGAACCGAGAGCUACGGGGAUUGGAGGCGGCGCCGGGACCCGGGUGCUAGAACCGGCGUUCUCUACGUCAGCCCCCGCUCUGAAGAGAAAAAGGCGGUGGUGUCUUGCGGAGAAAGCCGCUCCCUCCAGUGCCCCGAGGGGAGCGCGUCGCCUCAGCCGCUCGAAAGCAGAAAAUGGGCGGCAAAAGCGCAGUGAGACACCAACUGGUUUUGGACGGCGCCCGAGAGGCAGCGAGCAGCUCUCCCGCGCUUCGCCCGCCAGGAGCUGCCGCCACGUCCCGAGCUGCGCCGCCCGCGCCCCUCCCUGCUCCGAGCCCGCGGUGGGGGCUGGGCUACGGCCGAGCCCGGCACCCGGGCCCCCACCCACGCCGCGCUGCCGCACCCGCCGCCGGCCCGCUCUCCGCGCGGACGAACGUCGGGACACAUCCCGCAGACGCGGCCGCCGGCUCCGCGAAAUAGCAGCCAAGGCGUAGCCGGGAAGUCCCCAGGCCACCCGUUCCCCAGCACCCUUCGGGGAAAUCCCGUUCAGCUCUGCAGGAGGCGAAAACAGAACAAACGAAAACCCCUUAACACUGAAACCGGGCCCGGCGGUGGCCCGGGUGGCAACGGCGGCGACUCGACGCGCGCAGACAGACGACCCGUCUCGCGCUCUGCUGCUCCUGUGCGUCCGGACGAACCUUAGAGAUCACUUAAGGAGGCUCGCGCGCUACUCCUCCCCACGUGACCACCCCGCCAGGCCGCCCCCCCGCGUCGCCAUCUUACAUCCGGGACAGAGGCGGCGUCCCUUUUCCC